AUGAAUCGAUCCAUCGUGCGAUGCACGUCAUGUCGCGGCGGCUCAGUUCUCGAAGCAGUUGGCUCGCUGGCUGGAGUACAGGUAUCGAUUCCAGCACAGGCCUCUAGAUCACGACUCUCGACACAACCACCACCAUUACCAAGAUUCCAAUCUACCAGAAAACUCAGCAGCCGUAGCCAAUUCGGACCCUUACGCCAAUCUCUCCAAACGUCAGACACAUCCUCCGCCUCCGACCCCUUCCCUCCUCCACCUCAACCUCCCUCCUCUGCAGACUCAAUACAGGUGCCAUGGUACCUCCAAAUCGAAGACCCGUUACCUCCCUCCCCGAUCAGCCCCCUGCUGGCGCUGCAAGAGAUCCCGCCCCUCCCAGCGAACCCGCCCGCCAUUCUCGCCACGGUGCUGACGCACUUGUCUACCCAAAUCGGGCUGGAUAACCUUGUCCUCCUCGAUCUACGACACCUCGACCCCCCGCCGGCGCUGGGCUCCAACCUGCUUAUGGUCAUCGGCACCGCGCGGUCGGUGAAGCACCUGAACGUCUCGGCGGAUCGGUUCUGCCGGUGGGCGCGCAAGGAGUUUAAACUAAGACCCUACGCGGACGGGCUACUGGGGCGAAAUGAGUUGAAAUUGAAGCUCCGCCGGAAGGCCAGGCGCAUGAAGUUGGCGCAGAGUGUGGGGAAUACAGUCAGUGGGCAUGGCGCGGACGACGGGAUCACCACGGGUUGGAUCUGCGUUAAUAUGGGGAGUGUGGACGAGGCUGUGCUUUCGGAGGAGAUGCCAGCGGAAGAGAUUGUGCAAGUGCAGGGAGAGGCCGCCGGCGAGGUGUCGGAGAGGGCGAGGAGGAAAGCGCAAGAGUCUCCGUUGGACGGGGAGGAAGAGUAUCAUAAUCCGGGGGAGGACGAGUACGUUGGUUUUGGGUCACGGAGCAAUGCACCAAGGAUCGUCGUGCAGAUGUUCACGGAGGAGAAGCGCGUCGAGAUGGAUCUGGAAGGGCUGUGGGAUGUGCGCAACACGAGACGAGCGCGCAGGGAUGAGAGGGCAACUGCGGCAGCCGAGGCCGCGAUUCAGAUGUUGCAACAUGAGCAGGAGCAGGGGAAGCAGACCGAGACGGAGAAGAAGGACGAGUCCGAGGAGCAGGACGAUGACAAUGCUGGCGAGAGGAAAGAGCGCGGUGGGGAGACGAGGAUCGAAGAGGAGGUGGAUGAUCCUGAGGCUCGUGAAGAAGACGGCGAUGAGAAGCCCUUGGGAGGAAUUGGUGCCAGCUGA